AUGCUUUCCUCUCUUUCAAACAGUCUCAACAAUGUGCGCACUACGGUAGCACAAGUGCUCAAUUUUGCACUCGUUCUGUCAACUGCCUUCAUGCUAUGGAAGGGCCUCUCAGUGGCAUCAGCCUCCAGCUCCCCGAUUGUGGUGGUUCUCUCCGGCAGCAUGGAGCCUGCCUUCCAACGCGGGGAUCUUCUAUUCUUGUGGAAUCGCAGCCCUCGCGCAGAAGUAGGAGAGAUUGUGGUGUACAAUGUGCGAGGGAAAGACAUUCCAAUUGUCCACCGUGUUGUCCGAAGCUUCCCUGAGGUUGAGGGCAAAUCGAAGAAGGUUGUCAAGGAGGUCACAGUUGACACUACGCCAUCGCAUAUGAUCUUGACCAAGGGCGAUAACAAUGUUGCCGAUGAUACAGAGCUCUAUGCCCACGGUCAGGACCACCUUAACCGAGUCGAAGAUAUUGUAGGGAGUGUUCGGGGAUACAUUCCCAUGGUGGGAUAUGUGACAAUCAUGCUGUCAGAACACCCGUGGCUCAAGUCAGUACUCCUGGGUAUCAUGGGUCUGAUGGUCGUCCUUCAGCGGGAGUAA